GAUUUUAAUGGCUUUAAAUUGCAUUUCCCUGCUUGCAAAAUGCAGGUUUAUACUUUUUAAUAAACUCUGCUUGGUUAUUGUUUGGGAAAUCCCACAUUCUAAAACUUAAUUAAAUUUGGAAAUGUACAAUCGUGUUGUUCGAGCUCACAGUUUUCGUAAUUGACCCAUUGAGAGCGGUUAGCAGGCAUUUUCAUUUGCCCAUAACGAAAAAACAAAUGCAAUUACUAAUUAGUUGCUUUGUUUACCAACGGGCAGAAAAACGUUCCCUUUCUAUUUAAUUAACCCAAACGAAUUUGGCCUUUCGAUUUGUAGCCCAUUUUUGCCGCUUUGCUUGACUAGUGAGUGACUUUGAUAGUUGUUAUUAAAUAUAGUCAGAGCAGAAAUGGUUUUGCCAUUUAAAUAUGUUUUAAAUUCAGGGUAAAUGGAAGGGCUUUCUCAAUCCAGAGUUUGUAUAUUUUUUUGUAAUUUAAUAUUUUUAAGGCAGCAUUGGUAGUCAAAGAGUUGCUCCAGAUAGUUUCAUGUUUUUACAGUCCUUGAUACUUUUAGUUUCGAGUUUCAUUUUAAUUAUUCUUUAACAAUGUGCAGAAAGCAUUUUUAUAUUUACAAAUUGCUGCUUAAUAAAUUCAAGGUAAAGAUACUUCAUUAUUUGUAACAGAGUUCAAGGGAAGAAGCCAUGUUCAAGUUAGUUUUAAGAGCCAGACCUAGUUAGUAGGUGUGUUCUGAAGACCCAACCUUAUAAGACCAGCUCCAGCGAACCCGUAUGCUACUUAGCAUAAAUACUUCUUAUGGUAAUGCUGGCAAGAUGUUGCUAGUCCGUGAAUGGGGGACUUGAAUGAGGUUCAGGUAGCCGCCUGCAUUCUGGUAAUUACUUUGCCACGUGCGAGGGGCAGCUGUUGCACGCACCUAGACACCACUAUAUAUAGACUUAUAUAACUGCAUCUGUAUCUGUAGCUGAGAAGGCGCCCCACACACACUCACACACAUAAUGGCAGAUACGUAUCUUUUGCCUACACAAGAACAGGAUCUAUAUGGCACAACAUAUAUAGGACUUAUAUGACAACUGGCAGCGGAAAUAAUAUGGGGGAGAAAGCAGGGAACAGGGUGCAGGAUGCGGUGAGGCAACUCCCCUAAUCAAAUAAUGCCAGUCGCACUCAGAACUCAGCACUGAAAACGCAGGACUCAGGAUCUGUCUUAUGCGGCUGUUCCUGUUCUGUUGCUGCUCUGUUUCUGCAUUUGUACCUUGGCUUUGUCACAACAAAGGACAAGACAGGAUCCUCGCAGCGAGCAGCAGACAGCAAACAGCUGACAGCUGUGAGCCUGCUGUCUCUGUUCCUCUUCUGCCUCCGAAUGCGUUAUCCUUGUGCGCUGUCAUUGCCCUGCCUUUGAGCAUCUGAGUAUCCUUCGGAUGCAGAAUCCCCCCCGCACUGAUGUCGCGUGCCGUCUGCCGGCGUUUAAGUUUUAAUGCCUCCUAAACUCUCUCUCACUGGCCAGCUGUUGGUGCCUCCAAUUCCUGGCUAAUCCGCUUGACAGCCGCCCUAUGGCUGCGCUGAUUUGCUUUUGGCCGAAAGGCAAUUAAAUUGGCCACCGCAGCGGGACAAAAGGACAGCACGCGUGCAUCCAAUCUGCGGGGCCCAAAGGCCUAGGCGUACGUGCAUGUGGGAGGUGAGAUCCGGAUCCGGAUAAAGUUGGCCCACGAACAUAACGUAUUCCGCGGCUUUUCCAGUGGCAACCGAAUGUAACGGUCGCUUGGGCACCAGAAAUCAGGGGAGGGGCUGCCUUUAGGGAAGGUUUUCGCUCUGCGCUGAACAAGUAUUUGCUUUUAAGGAAAGAGAUCGACGGGGAACUACCCCUUGAUUUUAUUAAUCAUAAAUGAUGUUUGAUUACUUUAUAUUAACGAUAAAAGAAUAAACACAAAUCGUAUUCUAAUUUAACUAGUUCUUAGUUUUUAAAGCUUGUUUGUUUUUAAUUUGUUUAUAGAACAGAAAUAAUAAAACUUGAUAUGGGACUGAGAGCUCUAGUUUAUGACUUGCCGCAUUUAUGGCAGCAAUAUGUGCAUAUUAAGCUAAACUGUUUUAUGAAAGCCAGCAGUUAAAGUUUAUUUUGUCAGUUGACGGCUAUAUGUUAGGUAUUUUAGAACCAAAACUUGAUAUGUUUUCAGCUACUAAUAAACUUUUUAAGAUAUUUCUAAAAACAGAUAGAGCAGGAGUAAACUUAGUAUGCACAAAUCAAAGCAACUAGUUCUUAUGACAAAAUUCCAGAAUAAAAACAUUCAAAUUAGGUAUAUAGUGUCAUAUCUUUGGUGGUGACACAGUGCUGAUAUGAUCUGGUUAUAUGUACAUAUAAUCCCCUUCAGCUGUAAAAGACAUCCAUCAUACCCCAUAACAUAAAUUCUAAGCGGUAUCAAAACAGAAUUGAAGCCGCGAGGGAGCGCAUAUGAGUUGGUAAAUAAGAAUUAAAAACGCUGAUAAAGCGAGCCGAAUGGAACGCCGGCUGCUCCUGCAAUUCGCCAGGGGUUUUUAGGCUUUAGUUUGGGUUUGGGCAGAGCUGAAAUGUCUCAGUUGGAAGUGAAAUGGGUUUCAACCCUCGUUCGCCGCGCAGGAGCAGAUGUUUCUGCGUUUCUCCGUUCUGGCCUAAUGGAACGCGCCAAACACAGUCGGUCAUUGUACGGGUGUCUUAUGUACAAGUAAAUGGUGUUUGUGUGGGGUGGGGUACGACUCGGAGCACGAUCCACUCGACUGCGCGCCGGCGCAGGAAGUGGAGGAAGUUGCUGUAGUUGAGGAGUUGCCGGCUGGAACGGCUCUUUAGAUCAGUCGAGUCGCAGUUGCCGAGGUGAACGGAUCGUAGAUCUUACAAACGGAGAGUGAAAAGUGCUAGGAACCCGAAAAGAAAUCGAGCAAGAACACCCCUUAAAGGUUGCGGAGUAACCACCAGUAACCAGUACAGUGCCAACAUGUCGCAGCAUAAUUAUACGAACCCGGCAUUCUGCCAGAACAGCGAGUUUUACCCGGUGCCCAGCAGCAACUCCUCCUCGCGUGGAGUGGACUCCAUCUACAACAGGAGUCUCCAGAUGAGUUUUGGGGCAGCGGCUCCGCGUUCUGGCCAUGCCACGCCCACACGAGAUCCCCGCGAGGGUCCCCUGCGAAUGCAACGUAGCAUGUCCACGCGAUCGGUGACGCGGAAACAACACCAGCAGCAGCAGCAACAGCAGCAGCAACAGCUGCAACAUCAGGCCAAGCAGCAGCAGUAUCAGCAGCAAUCAUCUAGUGGCCGCUAUGCCUUGGUUCCCCUGGAGGAACUGAACAGCAGUAGGGCCAGCAGAUAUGCCAUAGUUCCCGGCCAAGCAGCCCAGAGACUGGCCAGAUCGCAGGAUAACCUAGAUCGGUAUAGCUCCCGUCAUGGCCUGCAUGAGGAGGAGGAGCCGCACUCCUUUCACGAAGAGCCCCACCAGGAGACACAGUUCGCCAGCUUGCCACCUAUACUAAAUCUACCGCCCAAGCCCAGAAAUAACAAUAAUAACUCCGCCAAUCCCAAUCAAACGCAGAUUAAGCCUGCCUUCAGCAGUGAUUUCGGCAGCAAGACCUUUUUGAUUGUGGAUAAAAACAGCAACCAGAGGUACCAGAUGGUUCCCACCGCCGAGGAUGAGGAGCUGGUGGACGAGAACCAGGAGAUCAUACAGAUGCACAACGGCCGGGCCCAUCGGUAUGCCGUGGUGCCCACCGAUGCAGAUGAUGAUGACUUGGCCGAGGAGCAGGAGCAGCAGGAAACCUGCCUCAGUAAUAUGGAGCUGAGUCAGCAAUAUGCUGCCAGGACUUCAACGCCGCAGCAAAGGAAUGCAGUAGCUGCCACCAGAGCCUUGCACGAACUCCUGACCACGCCCAGGAAAAUGCAGCCGCCACCGAGGUUGGCCCACUCCACGCCCAGGAAUGCCGCCCACCACGAGCAGUUGCAGAUGGAACGCAGGCUGGAGAUCUACAAGAGCCAGCAGAUCUACCAGAGUCAGCAGGUUGCUGCAGUGAUUGGGGCUCCACCAGCCUUACCCCAACGACAGAACCGGCUUUCCCCCCAGAGACUCCACUACGAGACCGUGAAGCCGCUUCCCAUGCAGAUGGCUGAUCGUUCCAUGGCCGUCAUCAGCCCCAGGGUUCAGGAGCAGGAUCCGGACAGGGAACAGGACAUGAGCAGCAUUCAGGGAAAGGGAAAGAACAACAAUUCCUAUCCCCAGAAGAUGGCCAAUGCCACGAUUACCUUGGCCGUGGUGUCCCUGAUGCUCGUGUUGGGCAGCACCAUGAAUGCGGCUCUCAUCGUCUACAUGAUCGCACACUUUGGGAAAUCCUUCUACCUGCAGUUUGGCCUGGUGGCCUCCAUUUCUGGAAUGGGGCUUGGCUUCCUGGGCUUCAAGUCGCGCCACUGCGACUGGCUGCCGAACAGGAGCUAUAGUUCCGGCUACAUCCUGGUGACCGUGUUUUGCCUCUUCAAGUCCUGUGGCCUGCUAGUGAUUCUCGUGGUGGACCCCUUCCCCGGCUUUCCUGUCCACGAUGUGACCACUGGAGUCAUCCUGGGACUUUCCACCUUCACCAUGUUCUUCAUCGGACUGGGUGUGCUGGGCAGCUUGUGGUGCCACCGACCACCGCCAGACAACCGCGUCAACGUGGUGUAAUCCCACGGAGUUAGUUCUUAGUCUCUAAUUAGUUGUACACCAUCCACUUGGACUUCAAAAAUCGACACACCAAACGGCUAAAAGACCAAAAACAAAGCAUUAGAUUAAUAACCAGAGGAAGAUCAUCAUCCCCCGAAACGACUGUAAAUAACAAGUGGGUUGUACUUACUGCUAGAUCAUAGUUUGUUUAACUUAUUGUUCACCUUUGUGUAGGCUAAGAAUGUUUCGCUGUAAGAAUAAAAUAAAGGCACCUGAUUAC